AUAGUUUGACAAAGGUGAUAUCAAUGCUAACGCCGGAGUAGUGAUUCCUCAAACAUUUUUGCAAGAGAUUACAAUUGCAAAUAAGAUCCUUGUUCUGACGCUCUUUCAUUUGUUUCUAUCCGAGUAAUAGGUUCACCAUCAACCCUUUAUGUAAGACGUGUCUCUUCACAGUUAAGCCAUUAGCAGCGCGAUGUAUGUAACAAAAGUCAUUGCAUACUCUGGAAAUAGUAUUAUUUUUCUGUAGUAGUAUAAUCCCAUGCCAAAUACGAAUAGAGUGAAUGUCAGUGGUAUGUUUCUUACAUAAUCGAUUACUUAACAAAAUUGUUGGAUCACAAGGUCGAUGAACAGUGUGGGAUUCCCCUAACUGCUAUCUUCUUGUGUUUCUAUCGCGCGGGAGCUCUUACUGAGUGCAAGAAUCGCGACGCAUUGGUCGUGCCCUGGGCUGAUGGCUCUCAUCUGUGAAUGAAACUGGUCGGCGUCGGCGUGGCGCUGGUCCUAUUGAUUUCGGACACAGCUGCCCGCCGAGUGCAGUAUCGGCUUGCCAGUUCGUUGUCGCCGCUGUGUGUUAGGUAACGGGGACAGAGCAUGUAUUUCGGCGAUCACUUACAACUGCCUGUCGCGAGAAAGGACUGCUCUUGUGCGCUUACUCUGUUCGUCCGUCAUUUCACGUGUGGCGCAUCCUCCCGUCGCAUUCGUGAACACGAAGCGCGAAAACAAAGUCGGGUUAUGGACUCCCUGAACAGCGUGUCGCGCUGACGCAUUGAGCGGCAGGCAUGUCUGAGCUAUUAAUGGCUCAGUGAGGGUAAUCAAAGAGGUCUGUACAUAGUAGAACGUGGUGAUGGCUUCAAAGAUGCCGGAAAUGACUUAUUCUUGUGAAAUAUGUGGAGUUGAAGGAUUAAAUGAAGAGGAGAUGCGUUCACAUAUGGUGGUGUACCAUUUAGAAGGUGCUGUUUCGUGUCCUUUUUGUGAUCUGGGUGAAGUGUCUGCAGAACAGUUGUUAAUGCACGUAAAUAGUGCUCAUUUGGACUAUUUAACCCCUGAACAAGAAUUGCUUGCAUUCAUUGAUGAUGAAGAUAUUGAUGGUAGGGAUGACUCUUGUGUUCCUUCAAGACCUUUGCCUUGGGAACUUUAUUCUGAACCAGGUACUGACAGUGCCAGUAGCUGCUGGGAAAAUAACAUUAACAACAACAAUAAUAACAAUAAUAAUUACUGUGGUGCAGGAAGGAGUACAGACCCUGAUCCAAGUCACAGCACUUGCACAGUGGCAUCCAGCAGCUCAGUUGCUGGCUCUGGUUCUCCCUUGCGUUCACAGUUAGCUUUAGAUCUACGAGCAAGUGCUUCACCUGGUCCAAACCCUGCUUGUAAAAAGUCCGUCCAACCACAACAGUGCCCCAUGUGUUCUUACACCAGUUUGGAUCCUCUGCAGCUUGAAGAACAUAUCAACAGGCAACAUUUUGAUCUGACGAGCCCAUCAUUCCCACCGGCAACACCACCUGGAUUGGAGGAAUCUGUGUACAGUUGUCCACUUUGUGUACGAACAUUUCAAAACAGUCCAGAUUUAGAACUGCAUGUAAACAUUGAACAUAAAGACAUUCUUAGCCCUGCAAAGCCGCAGCAGCCUGUAAAUAGUGUGGAGAACUGGAGUGAUAGCUGUCCUGUAUGCUGUAUGACUAACUUCAAGAGCAAUCAGGAGAUGGUAGCCCAUAUUGAAGAACAUUUUAAUAAUAAGGGUUUGUCACCUAUUACUCCAGACAUGUCCUGUGAUCGGAUGUUGGCUCGAGAAAUAGAAAAGCGGGAAAGAGAGGUUCGCAGAUUACGUGAGCAACGAGAAUUUGAAAUGUUAAGGGCCCAAUAUGGAAUGGACAAUCAAGGGAACUUCAGAGAACAGAGUCUGACCAACAUGCAGAAAGCUGUGUAUGCAGGAGAAAUGUCUGUCUCUGAUUACUAUGAGAGACAAAUUGAACUUCGUGCAGCAGAAAGUAAUGGGGUUGAUGAUGGUAGCUCUUGCACAAAAGGUCUUGUUCCUAAGAUACGUGGUGUGAGUUCUUCUUCAGCAAAUGUAAUCAGAACAUACAUGUGUACCACUGUUGACCAUUAUGCCUCCACCUAUGGUGAUAAAGGCUGGGGCUGUGGCUACAGAAAUAUGCAGAUGAUGCUGUCUUCAUUGCUGCAUCAUACAGGCUACAAUGAACAGCUGUAUAAGCCUUCUUUAGUUGGGGGUGGUCUCUAUGGGUUAGGUAACCGAUCCUGUGGUCUUGAGAUGCCUAGCCGUAGUGCCAUGCCAUCAAUCUCUCGUUUACAGCAACAUAUUGAAUGGGCAUGGAGUCAGGGCUUUGAUCUCCAGGGGAGUGAACAGCUUGGAGGAAAACUCUUCAAUACACGAAAGUGGAUUGGAGCAACUGAAGUAGUCACAGUUCUUUCUUCCCUUAGGAUACGGUGUCAGCUAGUAGACUUUCAUCGACCAACAAGUGCUGAUGGAAGUCAUCCUGAACUAUUUGGCUGGGUUUUGGAAUACUUUCAAAAGAAUGAAGAAUUCAAACCACCACUCUAUCUUCAGCAUCAAGGCCACAGCCGUACUAUAGUAGGUGUGGAACAGCUGAAAGAUGGAGGAAUAAAUCUCUUAGUGUUUGACCCCAGUCAUACACCACACCAAAUGGCUCAGUUCCAAAACACAUCAACUGCAGUAUCAGGCAUGCGCCUUAUACGGAAAUCCUUAGCUUCAAUGAAAGCUCGCCAGUACCAACUAGUAGCAGUAUGUGGUAUAAUGGAUACGGAACAUGAAUAUCAGCAAAGUAAAAUUCUGCGAUCAGUACGAGUCCCCCAAGAUCGAUGAUAACACAUAUUUUAUUAGUUGUGUAAUGUUUUCCAAUUUUCAGGAUUGCACCAAGGGUGUUAAAUUUGGUUUUGUACAAAGUUGUUUCAUACAAACUCUAUGAUCUCAUCAUCCGGAAAUUUAGAAACGAGACAUCUGACAGGGAUUAGUGCAAACAGUGAAUUAUGUGACAUGUUAGCGACAACAUCUGUGUACUUCCAGCGACUGCCAUUUGUAAAUAUAAUUUUAAAACGAUUGCCUUAGACAACUUUUUUCUUAUUUAUCAAAUGGGUACUAGGCCACAUUUUAAAAUGCCUUAUGUAUGUGAUUUUCUAGCUGUUUCUGGUAGUGUUGUUUGACAUUCAUUUAAAAUAUGGAAGCAAAGCAACAGCAACUAAUUUGAUGUCUGUGAUCUUUUCUUUGUUGAAUUGUGCAAAUGUGUACGUGUCAAGUAACUUCAAGAACAAGCUAUCAUUACUGUUAUCAAGAUCCUGAUAUCUGAAUUAAGGGGUGGAGUCAUCUACCAUUCUUUUAUGAGGUCUUAGUGACUUGCUUCAGGACUGGUUCAUAGGAAAAUCAAAAAUGUUACUAAUGGUAUUUUCUGCAUCUGUUGUAACCAUAUGUUAGAGGUGUAAAAACUGUGUGCUUCUUUGCAUGAUAGUUGUACUUCUGAUGUCAUUAUGUUAUCAUUUUAACUUUCAGUUAUUAUAUUUGUUUUUUUUACCAUCAUUGAUUCUAAUCUCUUAACACAUUGAAAAGAAUGGAAUUGUAGUUUGCCUGUGUUAGUGUUGUACUCAUUUUUCACUUUUCCUCUUGAAUAAGUAAGGCCAUAGAAACUAUAGGUAAAGUCACCAUCUUGUACUACAAGUAAUCUAAUUUGCUAUAUCGUGAUGGCAAAAGAAUAUCUAUGACAGUUGGCAGUACUGUUGCCAGGUUUCUAAUGUGAAAUAAGCAAUAGUUUUCUAGGACUGUGACAACAUUGAUGUGUUGCCAUACAGUCAUAAACAAAAUCACAUUAUGUGGUUGAUCAUGGUAAGUGUGCAAAGUAUUCAUACAAAUCCCAUUUUAAUUUUCAGCUGCUCACCAUACCAUAGUCAUGUCAUUCUUAUCUGCGUAUAAGAGAUGGUGGCAAGAUCUUGAUUACAGUACUGAAAAGUCCUGAAUUUCAAAUAAUAGUGAUGUGAGAAAAGGCUGCCAGUUACCUAUAAGUUUUUUGUUGCGAGCAGACUUACAGAAAAUAGAGAUAUCAAGUUGCUUCACCUGUUGAAUUUUGUCUUAUUCAAAUUGAAUAAUGUAUUAUAAACUCUCCCAAACACCCCCUUCUCCCCACACUCCCACCCACUUUCCCUCACUCUCGCUCCUCCCCAUCCCCCCCCCCCCUCUCUCUCUCUCUCUCUCUCUCUCUCUCUCUCUCUCUCUCUCUCUCUCUCUCUCUCUCUCUCUCUUCCCUUGGUUGUUGUGUGAAAGGUGGGUGUGUUGUUCUAAGAUGUGGAAGAUGGGAGGGGUGGUUUAGUUCCAGUGAAGGAAGAUGCAAUAGAGUGAGCAGUGGUUGCAGAGAAGAGAAUAAAACUAAAGUGAUAAAUCUUAUGGGAAGGGAAGACAGGUGCAAAUUAAUGUGCGUUUAGGAGGAACAGUAAGGAGGGAACAGGCAGCAGAAGUGACCAAAGAAGGAAAAAGAGGACUGAGGAAGGGGAAAAUAUUUAAGUUUGUUAAGAACAAUAAUAAUAAUUGUGACACACCUUUAAAAAGAAAUGUAAUCAAAAAGAUAGACCAUAAGAUGAAACUAAAAAACCCCCUUGUUUACAAAAUUACAAUGAGAAAUUGAAAUAGGAGUAUAAAAAGGAAGGAAGGAUGCAAGGGAGCAGAUAGAAGACUUGCAAUGGAGGCCAGAUAUAGAGAAUAUUCAAUUCAAAAGUGUCUUUAGAAUUUCUAAAGAAACAGUUCCCACCUGGGUAGUUCAGAGUAAUAGAUGCAGAAAGAUAUGAUCCAGAUGGCAAUGUCUGUGAAGCAGAUGGUUCAGUUGUCCAUGUUAUACUGACUAGCAUCCUCCAUGUUCUGAGGCUUAUGUUUGCCCUUUGGCAAACAUCCUUUCUCAGUCUCGUCCUCAAAUUUGUAAAUUUUUCCUUGGCUUUGUCCAUGGUGGCUGCCGCUAUGUCUAAAUCUUUUGCUCUCGUGAGCUCUAUUGCACUCUACUCCAUAUCAUCUUUCGCAAUUGUCUUCCGGUCAUCACACUUCACGUCUUGUCUUAAGCUUAAACCACCUCUCAUGCUGGUCAUGUCUCAUGAUCAUAAGUGUCUAUAUGUUUGUUUUUCUGAUAUCACCAUUCUGAAGAACAACAUUUUGAUACCACAGCAGAUAGUCAAUCAUGUUAUAGGUAACUGGUGAUGUCGAGCAAACCAAAAUUCAAGGUAGGUGCCAUUCUAUUGUCUGAUAGUAAGACUGCUUAGACGGCCAUUGUGUUCUUCAUGGCAUGUAAUUUUUUUUAGGUUUUCUUAAAUAUUGUUAAUGGAUACAACAACAAAUGUGAUUGUAAUAUCAUAAGAAACUUCCUCUUCACCAUACCCUAUAUCAGCAAUCGAUAUGAUAGUUGUCUUUCUGUUUGCCUUGGUCAUGCUGUACAGCAUAAUGCAGUACUAGAGAUUGUUAGGAAUUGUUGCUAGAUGAAUGAAUUUAAUAUCAAGUAUUUUCCUUGCUUGGCCCUGUACCUAGAAUGAUGAUUUUCCUCUCUUCCCCCUCCCUCCCAGUGUUACAUUUGUGUCAUAUUACAUAAACAAACUAUUAGAAGGAAGAAUAGACCAUGGAAUUGUGAUAUUUUACAGUGAAAAAUACACUGUAUACAAUAAAAAUAAAAACAGAAGCUAAAAUAACGUACUUUAUUUUGUAAAUGUUAUUAAUGGGGAAGGUGUUGUACAUUGUGUGUUCAUUAGCAAUCGUCUAACUGUUUGCUUGGAAUAAUUUGGAAAAAUGCAAAUUAUGUUGGUUGGAUCAUGCAUUGUUCACUACCUUCAUGAGCAAAUGUUACAGAGCCUAAACCGUGUAUAAAAAGAACAAACUGGGGGGGGGGGGGGGGGGGGGCAAAUUUAAACAUACCCACCCUAAUGGUGUAAAAGGAAAACAAUAAUGAUAUUUACCAUUGACAUUAUACACUCAAAACACGUAUCAACAUGUAUCACACGUGGCUUAACCUCAAUAUGAUAAGCUGAAAGUUCCUUUUCAAAUCCAUUGAGGGCCACAACUUUUAUGAAGUGCAUAUGGAUUUCAUCUAUGACAAAAAUCUGCACACACAUAAAAAAAAAUCAAGGUUGUAGCUUACUUCAGAUUCUGUACUUAUCUGUAACGUCACUGCACAAAUGACUGGAUGAGUUACUUGUUACAUAAGGCAAACAUAAGUUCAUACCAACUCUAUUAAUAUAAUUUGCUAAAAGAAACAAGCCUGUGAUUUUCAAACCAGGCUUUAUGAUGAAAACUGUUGUCACUCUUAAAAAAUAUCACUGCAUCAUAAGUUACAGUUUAUUAAAUGAGAGACAUAAAAUGUACCUUUUUAUGAGAAACAUUUUUUAAAUUUCAAGGCUUGUUAGCUAAGAUGUUUUCAUUACAAACAGAAUUACGUUUUUGAAAGGAGGAAAAGUGUAACUAUCUGGAAUCAAGAUAAGGGAAAGGGUCACUGAGUAUGCAAAUAAAAGCUCCUAACAAAACUAUACAGAUAGUUUUUUCAUUGAAGCCUAAAAUAUUAUAAAAUUAAAAGGAAAUAGAAGAAAGGGAUUACAUUUUAUGAAGUAAUAUUCCACUUUAAUAUUUUUUAGUACUGUCCAGUUAGUUGUUAUGAAAAUGUUCCAUAAAAUAGACAGAGCUGUGAUGAUGUAUGCUUUGCUUAAAUGGACUGAAGGAUAUCAUGAAAAGUAGGUAAAAUAUGGUAAUGACUGAGUAAAAGCAUGACAUAAUGCUAUAAUCCACAACAAAUAAAGGUAACGAUCCCUCUUUUCUUUUUUAGAGAAGGUACAAGUGUUUUUGAUGACAGCAUUCUCUCAUCAGGACGACAGCAAUAGAAAGUGAAAUAGUAGGUAUCUGUGUUUUACAAUUCUGAAUCUCCUAUUUGCUCCUUUUCCUCUCCUGAUGAGAAGACUGUCAAUAUCAUCCAGCUCUGAGAAUAAUUUUUUGUGUUGUUUCAGUAAACCUAAGCAUGACCUUUUUGACACCCGUUGCUUGUUUGGUUGCAUCAAUAUUUUUUCAUUCUUGAUUUUCCUAUACCUUAAAAAUUUCAACAAAUGGCAUGUAAAUACAAGAUCUGCUGAAUAAUGUACAGCUUAAAACUGUUUUAAAUAGAACUGUCAACAUGAGAAUGAUGGUUUACUACAGAUUGAUAUUAAAGAAUCAGGAAUGAUAAGUGACUAAGAGAAAUAUGUAAAAGCAUGUAUAAAGAAAAUAGUUUCAUGCAUUGGAUGUUUUUGAUAUCCAUUUUAUUUUUAUUCUGUUUGCCACAAUGUUUGGGUGUGUAGCCAUUUUCAAAAAAAAUGUUUCACUCAUAUUUUGAAAAAAAUGUUUAACCCCUUUCCAUGAAGAAGGCAAAGCCAUGAUGACCUGUGCUUAGCUUAAAUGAACUGAGAGAGAUUGUAAAAAGUAGAUAGAAGAUGCUAGCGACUGGAUAAAAGUAUGACACAAUGGUAUAUUAACAACAGAGGAAGGUAAAGAGCCUCUUUGUCAUUGAUUGAGGAGGUACUAGAGUAUAUGAUGAUGGCAUUCUCUCAUCAGGACGGCUGUAAAAUAUAUAAUGAAAAAAAAUGAAUGAAAUGGUACAUAUCUCUGGUUUACAAUUCUGACUAUUAUAUUUUCAUUUGAGUAUGACUGUAAACCAAAACAUAUGUGAUCAAUUGGUUAAACCCUUUGCUUUAAUGGCUACACAGCCAAAGUGUUGUAAUAUACAAAAUAAAAAAAAUGGAUAUAAAGAAACAGUGCAGGAAACUGUGGACCUUGUUGCAACUAAAAGCACAUAGAUAUAUUUGUUUUUCCCAAAUUUUUUAACAGUUGCAACAUUUUGUGCUGAAUCAACAAUCAUGGUUGAAAUAAAUAUUCCUGUGAGAUCCUACACUUUUGUAACGCCAUUUUAAAUGAAGAAAUGAACAUUACAUUAAAUUCAACAAGUCUUGUAAACUAUAUACAUAUAUCACUGGCUGAAUCUUCUGAAACCCCUAUGCACAAUGAACAUGUAAUGAAGCUUGUUCUUCCACAUACAGAUAUAUUCAAGAGUUAAUUUGAAUAAUGUUUAAAGCUGAUGAAUGGUGUUCAUUUUUUUUACUCACAAGUUGUAACUCCUGCUGUCUUCGAGUGCCUUCUUUGACUCGUAUAAUCCUUUGUGGUAACACUCUUAUGGCUAAAAUUGUUGUGUCAAACUUAAAUGCUACAGAAUUUUGUAAAUGAGAUGUGCUUUUUAUUGAAAGGAAUCAGAGAUGAUGAAAGAAGCUAGAUUUUUUUGUGAGCAUAUGGGGAGCAGCAGAUGCUAUUGUACAUAAAUCUGCCAUUAGUGCCUUUUAGCAUCUGAUUUAAAAUUCAUGAACGGCUCUGUUAACCAACUAUCAGUUACAGCUGUGUACUCAUUUUCAAGCUCAUGCAUGAUAAUGCACUGAAAUUAUCAAAAUAAAAGCAUAGUUCAUAUUAAUUAAAUGAAAACAGAAUACAGAGAAACACCAAGUGCAAUGAAACAUAAAGUCUAGGGAAAAAUGUAUCUGCCACAAACCUUACAAUCCCAUAAUCUAUUGCUUUGAUAUGUGCUUGGUGCUUGAAUGUACUUGUUCUAUCAAUUUUAGCACGUCACAAUUGAAGAUAUUGGCAUAAAAAUUGAAACUAUUAUAUCCAUAUAGCUCCAUACGCAUGCGUGUACACACACACACACACACACACACACACACACACACACACACACACACACACACACACAGACAGACAGACAGACAGUGUGUGUGUGAGAGAGAGAGAGAGAGAGAGAGAGAGGAACUGUCUCUGAAAAUGCAACCUCCUAAUAUCAGAUGUGCCUUCCACACUUGAUUGUCCACUUACAGCCUUCCAAACAUUAUGCAGUUGCAAAAUUACCUUUGUCAUUAUCUCCAUUCCCAAAUGUUGAUUGUGCCCGAGUCUGCAUUAGUAUUGCUCAUUGCAUUUUCAUCAUCCAGCACUCUAUUGUUCUCUUUUGUUCAGCACUGUAUUUCUCUCAUUUUGAAUUCCUAUUUGUGGGUGCAAACUUUUUUUAGAGAAUUGUUUUACAACCAAUAGUCUUCUUAUAAAUUAAGUAGUCAUCAUCGGAUGUUAUUCAUUCUCCCAUAAUCCAUUUUUUACAUAAUCCCAUUCAUAAUUUAAUAUAUUAUCAGUGUGUUCACUUCCAGUAACUUCUUAUGUCAGCUGUUCAGGCAAGAACAUUUGGUUAAUAAUGCCAGAGAUGUUUAUUACAAAGUACAAAUGUCUUUGAUUCUUUGCCAAAAUUAUUAAACCAGACAGAGAAUGUUAUUUGUAAGUACUUGUACAAUAAUCUUUAUUGCUCUAUUCAGUGAAAUUACAGAAUGAUUUAUACAUAUACUUUGUGUAUAAAAAUACAGCCUGUUUGUAAAUAUGUUGGACAUAAAUGUUAAAAGUUGCUGUGGUCAGAAACAGUUACAGGCCUCACAUCACAACUUCACUCAGUGUUACAUUCUUUGAUGCACUUUUAUUUUCUGUUGUUGAAGUGAUUUAGAAACAAUUUGCAUUUAUCAUGCAUUGUGCUACUCUUUAUUUUAAACUGUACAUUUGUGAAUAAAUAAAUUACAGAAUUUAUUAAAUGUAUGUUCAAAACAAUGUAGUUAAUAUAUGCAUUCAUUCUCAACUUUUUAUGCGUGCACGUCAUGCAACAUGUGACUGCUGUUUCAUACCUUUACUUGCAGUUAAUCAAAAAACUUAUGUUAACAUUUUAUUGAAAAUAUGCCUGGUGUUAAAGUGCAGUCUCAUUGUUUGGCAUCAUGUACCAGCGUUGUAAAUUUCUAAUUAAACAACGAAUUGUUAAAUAUAUACUGGUCAGAAAACUUA